AUGGCCAUCAUUAAAAAAGUUACUGAUUUUGAGAAAGAAUUCUUGCUGGAGUUGGUCAACAAAUACAUGGACAUAGUAGAGAGUAAGGAUUUUAAAAUGAUUGAGCAAAAGUCUGUUAUCUGGGAGAAAAUCGCCAGAGAGUUUAAUGAAGAACAUAUAUGCUCUAAAAAAUCAUCAGCCCAGCUACGCAAAUGCUGGGCAAAUAUGAAGGCCCGGGCAAAGAAAAGCUGCCUACGAAGUUUAUCGCGAUCUGCUGACGGACAACCACUGGAAAGCCUUCGGAGAGAACAUGCGAAGAUCAUACAAAUGCUUCCGCAACAUUUUGCUGACAUAACUGAAUCGGUUGAAAAUGAGGAAAUACUGUCACAAAUGAUAGCAGCUAAUAAUACGCAUACAGCAAACAAAGUAGUUCCAGACGCAAUACAAGCAGUGAGUCCAAACCGAGACCAGCUACUGGCUGCUAUGAAAACUGAAUGGGAAGAGGAUAAUGAGGAUGAGAUGUCGUCUGAAAGCAUAGUAGGAACGUCAAACUCUCUGACAUCCGAUCCUCCUGUUGUAUCAACUGUCGGAGCAACUCAUCACUUACCUUCAGAAAACGAUGAUCAUUUGAAUAAAGAUUGCCAACAAAUGCGAAGUGAACUUGACAAUCGAACACAGGAAAUGGAAAUUAGACUUUUAGAAGAUAAGAUACGAUUUCAAACCGAAGAACAUAAAAAGAAAAUGGAUAUCUUGCACCACCAAUUCACUCAUGCGGAACAAGAACAUGAAAUGAAGAUGCUGUAUUUGAAAUUGAAAUUGGACAAAUUGACUAACCUUAAAAAAUGA